GAAAAAAAAAAAAACGUUCCGUCCGUCAGUUGUUGCACUGCACGAUCGGACGGACAUCUGUUAAUUUACACAAUUGAUUAGUGUCGGUCGGCGGACUCGGCAGCAGAGCAAUCGAGCUGAUCUCGCGCGGAGCGGCCAAUUGACCCGAUGAGUGCAGCCGAGGUGGCCGCCGGAGCCCAUGCAUAACGACUAGGAGGCCCUGGACCGCGCGCGCAGGCAGCAGCGACCUACACUAGCUUUGACCCCGAUAUGCGCCUCACCGGCCUCGUGACCCUGGCGGCCACGCUGGCCGCCUGGGUGCAGGCGGCCGACACGAACGGCUUCCGCGAACUAGACGAGCAGAGGGCCAACUUCAAGAACAUGUACGCGUCCAGCGGCGGCGCCCUCGGCAACCUGCAACACCCGCCGCACUUCAGCAGCACCACCGAGCCGCCCGUCAUCGAGAUCCCCAUCGGAGACAAGUCGGGAAUGGAGGCCAUCGAGGCUCUGCACCGACAGCUGGACGAUGAUGCCAACGGAAACGUCGACCUGUCCGAAUCUGAUGAGUUUCUCAGGGAGGAGCUCAAGUACGAGGACGGACACGAGAGAAGACAACGAGCGUUCCACAGGAAUGAUGACAAUCACAUCUCUGUCAAGGAGCUGUGGGAAGCGUGGACUCGCUCUGAGGUUCACAACUGGACCACCGAGCAGACAACCGAGUGGUUGGUGGCGUGCGUUGAACUGCCGCAAUAUGUCGAGUUGUUCACGCGAAAUUCCAUCAAAGGCUCGGAUCUACCCAGACUGGCCACAAACAACCAGUUCAUCGGGACCGUGCUUAAAAUCAAGGACCCGAUCCACAUCAAGAAGAUUUCGCUCAAGGCCAUGGACGCAGUGCUCUUCGGCCCACCAAAAGCAGAUGGAGGUCAUGUCAAGGACAUCGUCCUGCUGACCCUUCUGGUUGGUGCGUGCGGCGCCUGCUGGUACGCCUACAGGCAGAAAAUGCUGUCCCAGGAGGACCUGCAGCGCAUGAUGAAGGACAUGGAAAGUCUCCACAUGGCCGAGCAGAUGCUGAUUGAGACACAAAAAGAAUUGGAGCAGGCAAAGCAGCAGCAGGAGUCGGUAGUGUCGGAGAAGGAGAACCUCGAGCGCAAAUUAAAAGAGCACAAAUCGGCGCCAGCAACGCAAGUGGCGCGAGGCACCGAGCCGGAGCUGCAAAUCAUGCGGCAGGAGAUUGAAGCGCUGCGGCUCGAGCUGAAGAGGGCGGAGGGCGAGCUGGAAGACCGGUGCUGGUCACCGCCCAUUGGACUGCAGCAGUGGCUUCAGCUGACCCACGAGAUUGAAAACAAAGCUUACACAAAGAAAAAGUCAUCAGCUGAGCGGCAGUUGCAACAGGCUAGAGAGGCUUGUGAGAAGUUAAAAAAGAAACGAUCCAGUCUGGUCGGGGCGUUCGUCUCGACGCAUGGCAAGUCAAUUGACGACGUCGACCGUAGCAUUGUCGAAGCCAGUGAAGAGGAGGGCGGCUCCCUUUCAGAGCUGAAAACCUCACUGAACGAAGUGACCCAAGAGCUGCAGGAACGGGUGCACCGCUGGAAGCAAAUUGAGAUGUUGUGUGGUUUCAACAUUAUCAGCAACAACGGCCUGUCGUACUUGGAGACUGUGCUCUACAGGCCCAGCAACGGGAGACUAACCAGAGGACGAAUGAGCAGUCAGGACGACCUUGAUGACGACUCAGUGUCGCAAGCAAGUCCAGGAGGCUUCACUGACCCGUGGAGGGACGCCGACUCAUCUGGCUCGGAGCGCGAUCUCGACCCUUCCACCUCGCCGUCCAUGGAAAUGCCAGUCACGUUCACCCUGGGCGGGGAGUCGAGUCCCGGGUUGGAUGAUAACUGUGAUAGGCCGCAGCUGAAUCCGAUCGUCAGCAUGGAGAAAAGAGCGUCUGUUAUGUCUCGCUCGGUCAGUCAAGAAGUGCAGCAGAGAUUCGACCUCGGAGAGGGUCUUCUGCCCAAGAGCUCCAUGAGCGAAGCAAGCUUGGAGGCGCGAGGAAAUACCCGAGCGUGUGGAUCUCUGGAGGAGGAGACGUACUCGACGGACAGCUCGGCAAGUGCGACCGCCACCGAGGAAGAAAUGAAGCGCAAGCGACGCAAACUGCACUUCCCAGCCUUCGUGCGCAAGAGCAAGAGCAAACCCUCCUCGUCCUGACUAGCGACGUACUUCACUGACAAAAGUUUGUUGAUUAUCACACGUGAUAGUUUAUUGUUGAUAUUUUUUAAACUAAUGAUAUAUAUUUAACCAAAACAUCUGAUGAUAAUUUAAUAUAAAUUAAACUGCAAUAAAAAUACUUCGAGUAAGCAGAGAAAGAAAACACAUUUUACACACUCCCGAAGACUGGCUCUGUUGGCUGGCGCUGUUAUAUAAUUAAUUGUUGGGGCCUCAUGCAGUGGCCUAGGGACUGUUAGCAACACGAUUUUCCUUCCCCGAUGUUUGUCUUCCAAGACGGAACAAGUUGAUUGUUCUUGUACUGUGGCAAAUAUUCAUAUUCCUCACGACUUUUACUCGUUUAUUUGAGAUGGAUAGUUGUAAAAAUUAUUUCUGAUCUUAUGUGCAAUUUCUUGUGUUUGGUGGGAUCGUCAAAUCCUCUUGCUCAUUUAAUCACGUUAAUAUUAAUUGUUAUGCGACUUUCUUUCCCGUGUGCCUUAUUUAUUGAGCAAUAUAACUAAUACACGGAGUCGCACCACAAAUAGUCUAGAUCUGACUCGCCAAUUGAUAUACAGUCUACGUAAAUUAAGGUGGGACUCUGUAAUUUGUUCUGUUUGACACUCUUAUUGGGAUAAUUCAGAUGUUAAGCCAAUUGAAUCUGCUCUUUUGUAUGGCAAGAAAUUUUGAUGUUUGGAAGAAAUGAUUUUCUCACUUUUUUGAGAAGGCUCAACUUGAUUGAUUAUAUCAAAAGUUUUUAUGCAAAAGAAAUAAUAAAAUCAUAAAAAAUUGG